GCCCGUGGCAGCGGGCGCUGUGCAUUCUGCCCUGGGGUGCAACAUGGACAUGGGACCUCGAGGCGUCCGGCUCCUGGCGGUUCUCCUGGUCCUGGGGCUGUGGGCCCCGGCAGGGGCCCACAAACCUUCCCCCUGCCGGUGCUCACGGAUAGCCCCCCACAAGAGGGAGAACUGUGGAUUCCCGGGCAUCACCAGCGACCAGUGCUUCUCCUCUGGCUGCUGCUUCGACUCCAGCGUCGUGGGGGUCCCCUGGUGUUUCCACCCCCUCCCGAAGCAAGCGUCGGAGGAAUGCGUCAUGGAAGUCUUGGCCCGUAGGAACUGCGGGUACCCGGGCAUCAGCCCCAAGGAGUGCGCGUCCCGCAAGUGCUGCUUUUCCGACAACAUCUUCGAAGUGCCCUGGUGCUUCUUCCCGAUGUCCGUGGACGACUGUCAUUAUUAAGAGGAGUCCCUUCCGAGGACCCAGCAGCUCCCUGGAUGUCUGGAAAUGAGGAAUACUCACCACCACAUCUCAGGUUUCCUGACUUCCUGGCUUUCCUGAAUCGGCUUUCUGUCCUUUCCACUGGUUCCACAUACAACUCCUUCAAAUAAAGAAAAUCCUUAAAAUCUGCUAAA